AUGUCCAAACGUGCCCGAUCCAAUAAUGACGAACCUGCCUUGAAGCGGCUCAGGAUUGAAGAAGGCAAUCAGACAUCACCGGCACUAUGCGAUAAACAAGCAUGGGGAAUUCUCCAACAGUUCCUCACCACCAAUAUGACGAUGCCUGAAAUGGAUAGUGCUCUUGCAUCGUACCUUGGCGAUAGAUACUCUGCCGAUGAUUGGGUGGAACCCCGACGUGCCUUGUUCUCCGGCGAAGGAGAUGACAGCGAAUCCUUGGUCAACCUCAACCGACUCAUGGCCAGACACGUACCCCCUGCCCCUCCCUCUCCUGCAUCGAAGACGGUCAACCGCUUGUCAAACUCACGCAGAAAGCGAUCACAUGGACUACGUAAAUCUACCCACAAUCCAUACAUCAUCAUGGAGGCUGAAGAUGACGAUGAAGAUGGGAGUGAUGAGGAGGAGGCCUGGCGCUCCGAGUCGGAGCAGUUGCAGAAGGCUAUACGUGUGUCAGGACCAUCGGCGAAAGAGAAGUUGGCCAAAAAAAUUGACGACUUAGCCAAUAGGUUCAAAGAGAAUUCGGGCAACUCAUCUCAAUGUCGUCAUGGGCUCACUUCCAGAGCGGCCUCGAUCCCUUUAUCCUCACUUGAAGUUUCGGCACCUUCAAGCAGGAUGUAUUUACUUCACAUUCAAAGAACUGCCGUUGAAUAUAUCGCUGAACACCUUAGGAACCAAAAGUUCUCCGUUACUGUAUCGCCUUGGGUAGCAGGCCAAAUUUACGUAGUCGCAGAUAGCCCCAAAAGCAUCUGUGACUCACUUCCUGCCUCACACGGUCUUGCCAUGAAGCAAUGUCUUCGCAUCACGGAUGCAGAACGUGAAGCCGUCUGUUACGCACUCAAAUAG